AUGAGCAUCAGCUUCCCUAAAACCGAGGAGGCGACAAUUCAAUUUUGGAAGGCAAUCGAUGCAUUCCAGACACAGCUCCGGCUCACGCAGAAUGGUCCACGCUUCACCUUCUAUGAUGGCCCGCCUUUUGGUAGGUCAUGGCCUGGUCGUCUGACCUGCUGCCGCCGCUACUUCUCUUACAUGAUCCUUGUCUUUGUUUAUACACGCUUGCUAACCCUUCUUUUCUGUCGUGCAGCGACCGGGCUUCCGCACUAUGGCCAUCUUCUCACGUCCACGAUCAAAGACAUCAUUCCUCGAUACUGGUCCAUGAAAGGCUAUCACGUCGUCCGCCGCUUUGGGUGGGACACGCACGGCCUGCCCGUGGAGCACGAGGUCGACAAGAAGCUGCACGUCUCAGGCCGCGAAGCGGUUCUCAAGAUGGGCAUCGAGCAGUAUAACGCCGAGUGUCGAGCCAUCGUCAUGACGUAUGCGGAGGAAUGGCAGCAGGUUAUCGAGCGCCUGGGGCGCUGGAUCGACUUUGAGGACGACUACAAGUCCAUGGACGUGACCUUUAUGGAGUCCUGCUGGUGGGUUUUCCAGCAGCUGCAUGCCAAAGGCGAUGUGUAUCGCGCCUAUCAGAUCAUGCCCUUCUCGACAGCGCUCGGCACGCCGCUGAGCCAUAUGGAGGAGAGGCAGAACGAGAAGACCACCGUGGAUCCCGCCAUCGUGGUGUCCUUUCCGCUUCUCGAGGGGCAUGGGCACGAAAACACAUCGCUGCUCGUCUACACAACAACCCCGUGGACCUUGCCGUCGAACCUGCUUAUUGCGGUUAAGCCGACCUUUGAAUACAUCAAGAUCUUGGACGAAAAAUCAGGGCGCUUUUACAUGCUCCUGGAAGGAUGCCUGUCGACACUCUACAAGGAUCCUAAGAAGGCCAAGUAUAAAGUUGUCCACAAAAUUAUGGGAAGUGACAUGGUUGGAUGGCGAUACAAACCCCUCUUCGAAUAUUUCACGAGCACGUUCGCCGACUGUUUUCAAGUGAUCGGUGCAGAGUUCGUCGAAGCGGGUGAAGGUGUCGGACUCGUCCACAUGGCCCCCGCGUUCGGCCAGGAGGACUACGAUGCCGCCAUUGCUGCUGGUUUCAUUUCGAACGAUCGGCUGCCGCCAUGUCCGGUGGACGACGAAGGGCGUUUUACGCAUGAGGUGGCCGACUAUGAGGGGCAACAUGUGAAGGCCGCAGACAAGGCUAUUAUCAAAGAUUUACGACCGACCGGGCGCCUCGUAGUCGAGACGCAGGUAAUGCAUGUGGACAUGUUCUGCCCUAGAUCUCAAACCCAACUUAUUCGCAAGGCCGUCUCAGCUUGGUUUAUCAAAGUAACCAAUUCGACUCCGACCAUGCUCGGCAACCUCGAGGGCACAACGUGGGUGCCAGAAGCCGUGAAGGACAAGCGGUUUGUGAACUGGGUGACGAACGCGCACGACUGGAACGUCUCCCGCAAUCGCUACUGGGGCACGCCGAUUCCGCUGUGGGUCAGCGACGACUACGAGGAAGUGGUGUGCGUCGGGAGUCGAGAGGAGCUGAGACGCCUUAGCGGAUAUAACGGGCCGCUCGAUGACAUUCAUAGGGAUAAGGUGGAUCAUAUUACGAUCCCAUCACAGAAGGGGAAAGGUGUUUUGCAUAGGAUUGAUGAGAUUUUUGAUUGCUGGUAUGUUCUCUUCGCCAACGCUCUUUUACAAGUACGCGGCUGA